AUGUUACAAAAGUUAAUCUCUUAGACAAUAAUGGAAAAAUAAUCCAAGCCAUAGACCUAAACUCCAACCAAAUAAAACUUGGUUAAACGAAUGAGUACCAUCUCAAGAAAUAAAGUUAACGAGUAAAAAGCAAAUAGUAAUGAAUGUCCAGAUGGAUUACCAAAUGAAAAUGAGCAAUUUUUGUUAAUAAUUUCUGAAUUAGUCAUAUAAGGUCGUGGAUCCUUGUAGAAUAGCUUUAAAAGAUUUAAAAAGUAUAUAGAGAAGCUCAAGCUUACUAUGUAAUAGAAGAUUCUCACUCUACUUAAAAAGAAUGAUAGUAAAAUUGUUAAACAGCAAAAGGCUUCCAUUUCACCAAGAUUAUGUAAAAAUAUGGAAAUAAAGAACCAUAAUGAAUCAAAUUUAUCUUUUGUUUGA